CCGCCCGCCCACCGCCGCCCGCGGGGCCAUGCGGAGAGCCGCGGCGAUGGAGGACUACCCCGCGGAGGAAGAGGAGCCCUGGUACGACCAGCAGGACCUGGAGCAGGACUUGCAUCUGGCAGCAGAGCUGGGAAAGACCCUGCUGGAGAGGAACAAGGAGCUGGAAGAGUCCCUUCAGCAGAUGUACUCCACCAACGAGGAGCAAGUGCAGGAGAUCGAGUACUUGACCAAACAGCUGGACACCUUGCGGCACGUGAAUGAGCAGCACGCCAAAGUCUACGAGCAGCUGGACCUGACCGCCCGAGACCUGGAACUCACCAACCAGAAGCUAGUCCUGGAGAGUAAGGCUUCCCAGCAGAAGAUCCAUGGGCUGACGGAGACCGUUGAGCGCCUGCAAGUCCAGGUGGAGGAGCUGCAGGCCCAGGUGGAACAACUGCGGGGCCUGGAGCAGAUUCGAAUUCGCCGGGAGAAGCGGGAGCGCAGGCGAACCAUCCACACCUUCCCCUGCCUCAAGGAGCUGUGCACCAGCCACCGUUGCAAGACAGCAGAGCCAACUACCAUCCCCAGGCGUCAGGUCAAGGAGAUUGGGAGAUGCGAGGAUGCCCUCCGCCUGCACAGCUCCUCCAUGGAGCUGGGCCCCCGGCCCCUGGAGCAGGAGAAUGAGCGGCUGCAGACGUUGGUGGGGGUGCUGCGGUCCCAGGUGAGCCAGGAGCGGCAGCGCAAGGAGCGGGCCGAGCGUGAGUACACGGCGGUGCUCCAGGAGUACACGGAGCUGGAGAGGCAGCUGUGCGAGAUGGAGGGCUGCCGCCUGCGCGUGCAGGAGCUGGAAGCCGAGCUGCUGGAGCUGCAGCAAAUGAAGCAAGCCAAGACCUACCUGCUGGCCCGCGAUGACCACCUGGCUGAGGCCUUGCUGGCACCCCUCACUCAGGCCCCUGAGGCUGACGACCCCCAGCCAGGCAGUGGACAUGACUCCAGUACCCAGGAUGGUGUCUCCUCACCGGCAGCCUCCCCCAGCCACAUAGUGCGCAAAAGCUGCAGCGACACGGCGCUUAACGCCAUCGUGGCCAAAGACCCAGCCAGCCGCCACGCGGGCAACCUCACGCUGCAUGCCAACAGCGUGCGCCGGCGCGGCAUGUCCAUCCUGCGGGAGGUGGACGAGCAGUACCACGCGCUGCUCGAGAAGUAUGAGGAACUGCUAAGUAAGUGUCGGCAGCAUGGCACCGGAGUGCGGCACGCGGGCGUGCAGACCUCACGGCCCAUCUCCCGGGACAGCUCGUGGAAGGACCUGCUAGGAGGCGAGGAGGGCCAAGGAGAGGGCAAGGCAGGUGAGAAGAGCCUGAGCCAGCAUGUGGAGGCUGUGGAUAAGCGGCUGGAGCAGAGCCAGCCCGAGUACAAAGCACUCUUCAAGGAGAUCUUUGCCAGGAUCCAAAAGACCAAGGCUGACAUCAAUGCCACCAAAGUCAAGACGCACAACAGCAAGUGACAAUUUGGGCCCUGCAGCCUCGUCCCCGGGCUCCAGGCCAGUGGGUCCUUCAUGGCUGACCAACAGAGAGAGAGCCCUUUAGCAGCAAUAUAUUACAGCAGGUGGCCGGAGCAUGAAUGGCAAGGCCUCUGAUCUGGGGACAGAGCAUUUUACCUACUGAUGGCAAUGCCCACCUGUCCUGCCUCCCUUGGCCACCUUGCUUCAGCCUGAAGGCACAACACAGUUUCAAAGCCAAAUGCCAACACUCUCCCUGGGUGGUGAUGGGGCUUCCCAGCUCCCCCAGUCUUUGGUUUCUGGACACUUGGCCCCACCCUCAGAUUGUGGCCAGGUUUCUAGAAGCCAUUCUGGCUUAGCUGACUUUUUUUUUUCUUUUUUCAAAGUUGUUUUUCUGAGAUAUUUGCAAUACAAGGUCACCUUGACCCUUGCCACAACUGGAAACACUUGAAAGGGACCCCAGAACCAGCAACUGUUGCUGGUUUCUAGGGUCUCCAAGACCACCCACUGCUUCUUGCCAGCCGUAACACACUGUCAUUCCCUUAGCACCAGCUAACCCAUUCCCAGAGUUCUGAGCAGGUCAGGAAGUCUCAGGCAGGCCUGAGCGUCCCCUGCCCCAGCCCUGGCACACACUCUCAGCUCACCACACAUCUGUAGCAAUCAGAAGAGGGGAUGAGGGAGCCCCUCAACAGCCAUACAUAACUGGUGCCCCACCCCUGCUUCUCUCAGAGACCACCUUCUCAAGUUCCACUCCUGGCAAUGCCUUCUGAGCAUUACGGCCUCCAGGAGCCAGGAUGGUGAGGACCACCCGCCCCCUGUCUGCGCACCACUUCUGCCUCCCUUCUCUGCGCCUGCUCGCGUCUCAGGGACCAUGAUGUCUCAUCCACGCCACACUCCUCUCCGGCCAGCCCCAGGCACAGGUCACAUCUGCAGCCCCCAAGAAUGCCCCCGGCAUGUGCCAUCAACCCAGAUAGUAUUGUCCUAUCCAUCUUCACCAGGAACUGCCCAAGAGUCUCAGUCCAUGCUAAAUAGUAUUGAAUUAGGAUGGGGCAUCUCUCCUUCCCAUGUAAUACCUGCUCUUUACCUCCCACCUUUGUGGGGAGCUUUUGAGACCCCAGCUGGUCCAGGGGUUCAGUCCUCUGGUUUAAGACUUCAGAGUCAAGCUUGAGUUAAGAGAUGCCCAGGUCCCCCCAGCUUGCCCUCAGCAGUCCUUCAGGGCUUCUGGUUCCUUCCGCCACCCUUCCUGAGACCUUAGAAAUGAAAGGAGCCGUACAAUCUAGUGGGAGGAGGCGAGAGCCCUGGCCUUCAUGCUGGGAGCCCAUUGGGAACCUUCAUGCCUUAUUUCUUUCUAAUGGGUAAAGGGGUUUUCAUAACAAGCAUGCCUGACAUCCCUUGAGAGGCCACCUUACUCCAGGUGGCACUGUGACGCCAGCUGGCGGCUGGGUCCUUCCGUUCAUGCAACUUGGAACCUUUUAUCCUUGGGAGCUGGGCACUUCCAGGCCCUCCUUGUUCUGUCAUCUGAGGGGAGACGGAGCACUGGCCUGUCUCUGCUCCCCAGCUCGAUAGAAGCCGACCAGCGUCACCUUUGAAGUAUACGUGAGAGAAAUAUAUUUACAAAUGCUUUAUUCUCUUCUUUAAUAAAAAUGCAUCAGUAUUCUAAAAGCCAAAA